CCUUUGGCCACCUUUUGCUUCUCUCUCUCUCUCUCUCUCUCUCUCUCUCUAGUUCAUGAUAGUACUCACACCACUCUGACUCCUUUGCUCGGCUUCAAGGAGAUGAGAAGAGUUAACUUCUCCUGUGUAUCACCAGCAUCAGCGGCAAUAUGCACGAGUAUAGAUCGGCGGUCGAUGGUUCGAGCGAGCACCAGAAGAGCCAUCGACCGCCACACGCCUCACCUGAGAGAUCCACGGAGAGCAAAGUCUGCUUUCAGCUCGGUAACUCGCACUGCAACGGAGAAGAAGUCUCACAGCCAAAGGAGGAAGAGCUUGGACAAACCAACCGAUCUCAUCAGUCCACCCGGCUCUUCUCGGUACUUGUUGAACGAUGAUGCCUUCUUCGAUGUGUUCCCCAUCGUGGAUGCUGCGCCUCCUCCUCUUUUCUCCGUCGAGCGGUCACAGCUUGAGAUUAUCAAGAAAGACGUACCUGCUGCUGUCUCAACUCCAUCCUCUGCUGUGCCACAGAACCAGGUGGUGCAUCUGAGGGUUUCCUUGCAUUGCAAAGGCUGUGAAGGGAAGGUCAGGAAGCACAUCUCCAAGAUGGAAGGCGUGACAUCGUUCGACAUAGAUUUCGAGACGAAGAAGGUGACGGUGGUCGGAGACGUGACCCCGUUGGGAGUCCUGAACAGCAUCUCCAAGGUCAAGAAUGCUCAGUUCUGGCCUUCGCCUUCAUCGUCGCCGCCGCCUCCGCCAGCCUCCUCUUGAUCCAAAUUUGCAUCUCUCAGGCGCCUGCAACUCUGGUCUUUCGGACAGUUCCUUGUGCCGACCGAUAGAAGAAUUAGAGGGAGAACGUUGUUGCUUCUCCUUCUCAUCAUCAUUAUGCUUGUAAUGUGACCUAAUUUUCCUGUCCUCUCUGUUCUUUUCCCUGAAACCUAUGCUGCUCAGUCAAAUUUGUUCUUUAGCC